AUGCAGAAGUAUCUGCCAACAUUACAGCUAAAAGUUGGUGAUAAUAUCAUUGAAAGCGUGCCAUGUGUAAAAAAUCUAGGUGCAUUUUUCGAUCAACACCUCACUAUGGAAAAACAGGUAUCCUCGGUCGUCAAGUCAUGCUAUUUUCAAAUAAGCAAUAUUGGACGAAUACAGCGCUUUCUUACAAAAGAAGCCUGCAAGACCAUGGUGAAUGCCGUUAUCACUGCCAUGCUGGACUAUGGGAACUGCCUUCUAUAUGGAGUGUCAAAGGCCUUACUAGACCGGAUUCAAAAAGUCCAUAACACGGCAGCUCGUUUAGUUACAAGAUCAUCGAAAAGGGAGCAUAUUAAACCUAUCCUAGCUGAUCUUCAUUGGCUACCUGUUUCUUUUCGUCCACAAUAUAAAAUCUUGACAUAUGUCUACCAAUCCUUACACGGGUUAGCUCCAUCGUAUAUCAAAGGUCUUAUAAUGGAAUACAAGCCUACCAGAUCACUGCGCAUGCGAUCUGAGUCAACAUAA